AUGAACAAGUUUCGCCCGACCGAUUUCGUAUCGUUUUACGAGUUUGACCCAGCCUUGGAUAGAAGAUGCAUAUAUCUCACAAAAAGGAGAACUAGGUGUAUGCUUUCCUGUCGCCAAGAGGACAGAGACAGAGCCCAUAAGCUUUAUAUCCGGUUCACCACCACCGACGAGCUCCCUGACUUGGAGCAGGUCAAGGAGUACGCGAAACUAAACUGCUGUCGACGUUGGCAUCAUGACGCCAUUGAGGCCCAGGAAACUCUGGUACCACUGGCGGAGAGGUGGCUGAACGAAAUUCGACUGCGGAUGGACGAAUUAGCCGCUCAACUCCCCGCAAGGACAGCGUCGAUAACCACCACCAAAGGCAUUGCUCAAGCUGUCUCUCUCGAGCCCGCGGGCACUACCACUAUAUCCCCAUCACCAACCAGCAAACCACGCCCAGAGAACUCAUCGAGCUCCACCCGGCCCAGCAACCCUGUGCCUCCACAGUCCACACCACGAUACAAUCUCCGCAGCCGGCAGGUGGCCGGAUCUACAGCCCAGCCCAGCGCUCCGGCUCAUCUCCCCAAGUUCGUCGAGUACCACGCUGAAUCCAGGAAUAAUGUCGCCUCAGUCUUCAGCCGGCCAUUGGGAAAGGGUCGAGACAUGGAAUGCGGCUGGGUAUAUGCUUUUGCCCGCUCCUCAUCCCCAGGCCAUGUUAAAAUCGGCUGGACGGGGAAAUCGGUCGUACAACGCCUUGAAGCAUGGGCCAAAUGCGGGUGUCUGCCGCAGCUUGUGCACAGCACAGACGCCAUCCAGCAUUCUUAUCGACUCGAAGCCCUUGUCCAUUCCGAGCUAGCGCGAGAAAGGCGUAAGGAGCAACGGUGCGAACCCUGCAACAAGGAUCAUAUAGAGUGGUUCGAGAUCAGCCGGCAGAGGGCGACGCAGGUUAUUAAAAAUUGGACCAGAAUAUUUUUGACGAAGCCGUAUAAUCAAGUUGGAAAAUUAAAGGAUAUUUGGGUCCGCGUUAUAGGUGGUGUUGUUAAGGACGGCCGGGCGAUGACUGCAGAGGCGUUGUUGUCAUAUUACGGGUUGCUGUCGGCCAGUGAGUCUAUGAUAUCGACAGAGGAGGCAGGUCCAAGGCCAAAACCUGCAUCUGCUUUCGUGCAGUCCUCGGAAACAUCACCACUUUCAAACCUCCGGCAUCAGCCUGAGCCCAACCCUUUCUCGUUUAGGCAGCGAGAUACUCAGAGGACCCCAGCCUUGAUUCCCGCGCAAAGCGUCAAAAUUGCAUCCCCGUCGAGAUCAGCCCGCGCGAAAUCUCCCGCGAUGUCCCGUCAAGCGCACCCGGCCAGUUGUGCGCCUGACCAAUCCCGCUGGGAGUGCGUCCUCGACGCAUUGGGUGAAGCAGUCGCUUCAGAAAAUGCGUUGAACCAGUUAUUGCUGGAGUUGUUGAAAUUGACACAGGUGCCAAUGGUGCUUUUGCCACCCCAGGCACGUCUGGAGCAGGGCCGGCCGCCUUUUAGGGUUUUGCAAAGUCCUUUAUUUGUUAAGUAA